AUGUACAACAAAUACGCCGAAACCGGUCGAGUCAAAUUCAUCCAUAACCAGAGCGAAGAUGCGACAGAAGAAGAAAAGUCACAAUGGCUAGACCUUCCCACACCGCGAGGUCUUGGCCUCAUCCUCAGCAGUAUUAAAACCGAAUACAAGUUUCCUCUGGAAUUUCCGGAUCGAAUCACCGUUUUAUACAAGUUGCUCGAGGCACCCACCGCCGAGUCAACAUCGAUCAAGAAGGAAGCCUGGAUUCUGUCAGAGAAAUACCGACGACUUGCAGCCAAAUGCACCGAGGACACUGCCAUCUAUGACUACAGAACAGCAAAGAAGUCUGUUCUCAAGCCAUUCAUGGUUGAAAAGUUUCAAAAGACGUUCAAGUUACAGCAAGAACGGCAGAAAAAGUAUACCGAGGAGGCGGAUAAGCUUAUCAAGGCUGUUGAGGAGUUGAAGUCAAAAUUCCAAUAA